AUGACAACCACCUAUCAUCGCCUCGAUCCAUUGGAUCAUCUCGACGCCUCACUGCAAGACUUCGAGCCGACGACUCCGCCCAAGCCGACCUUCGGCUAUCCCUCGCACCAUUCGGGCUUCCGCUCCGACGACAACGAGAGCGACAUGCCCGACCCGAUAGACUCACCAGGUGGCUACAGUCCUCCGGCCUGGCGCCGCCUGGAAAACGGCCGUCGCGACAGCGGCUUCUGGCGGAGAACUAACCGCAUCCUGGACGCUUUUCCCGACCGGUCCUCGCGCGAGUCGAGCCCGGAACACGACGCUGACGAGGGCGACGAUGUGCUUGAUAAGGCCAUACGCACGCGCUUGCCCACCGGCAGCAUGAGCCCGGAAAAGGCGCGCUCACCCAGUCCGGGUCCCAGAGUUGACACCGCCGGCAUAAACGUGCAGGAGUCACGCCCACACGGUAGGGCAACCCAAGAUGCGCCUGAUAAUUACAUUCGAUUCGCAUUGCGCGCAGAAGUCCAGCAUCGGACAGAACCUAUCGAGUCGGCAUUCAACUUUGUCCGCAGAAGGUGGCAGGCUGCAACCCGGUCUUGGUCGUCCAUCAUCAUCUCCACUCUCGUCGCCCUCCUCUCCAUCAUGGCUACACGGAAUCUAUUCGCGCCUGCUGCCCCGACACCAGUCCCGGAUCUGAUUAAAGUGGCGGGCGUAGCGCGUGCUUUCGAGCCGCUCAUCUACUUCUCCGAGGGCGGCGCAUCGCAAGUGGGCGAUCUACAGGCGACGGGCGUGGCGGUGUGGGACCUGGGCGAGAGCGUGCGGACGAGUAACAUGACCUCUGCACCCGUCAUCGUCAAGGAGCUCGACGAACUGAGCGAGAGCUUGAAGACGCUCGCGAUUGAGCUGACCAGGUUCUUCGCGAAUGUCGACGGCGACAUCGACGGCAUCCUCAUCGUCAUGGACUGGGCGCGCAGGGAACUGUCGCACGUGGAACAGCUCCCAUCCCCGCCGCUGGCCUCGGCCUUUGACAACCUCCACAACCUCCUGUCGGCGGCCGGCGUCCUCGAGACGCCCGCCGGCCACCCCACGCGCCUGGGCAUGUUGACGACGUAUGUGUUCGGCAUGUCCAAGCCGCAGCGCACCCGGCAGACGCUCCAGCGGACCUUCAACGAGUUCCUAGCCGUGCUAGAAGAGGCCAUCAACACGGAGCUGCAGCACUCGCUCGCGCUCUUCGCCCUCUUCGAGGCCAUCGACCGGCAGUUCCUGAACCUGGCGCGCACGGUCAACCGCGAAGCCAGCGCCCAGGACGAGAUGCACGCCGACCUCCUCAGCUCCCUGUGGACGCGGAUCCUGGGGGCCAACGCGAACGAGGUGGCCAAGUACGAGCGGAACCGGCUGCUGCUGCAGAACGUGCGGGAGAAGACGGUGCGCAACAAGGGCAUCCUCGUCGAGCACAACGGCAAGCUCCUCACCCUCAAGGCGAACCUGGAGAGCCUCCGCCGCAAGCUGGUCAGCCCGCUGGUGCGGAGCGUCGACUCGAGCACGCUGACGCUCGAGGAGCAGAUCCGCGGGCUGGAGGAAGUCGGCGACUACCUCGAGGGCGUGCGGACGAAGCAGAAGGGCAAGCUCAUGGAGAUUCUUUAUGGCGGUUCGGGGACGCAGAGGAGGUCAAUCGAGGAUCGGAUGCUGUACUGA